AUGAAUGCAAUUAAAAAAUUAGCUAAUUCAUUAGAUAAUAUAUAUUCAACACAAAAUAAUAGCAAUAAUAAUGAUAAUACUUCGACGGAGCAACAACAAGAACAAGAACAUGGACUGGAACAAGAACAGGGACAAGAACAGGGACAAGAACAUGAACAAGAACAUGAUAAAUUAAAUCUACAACAACAACAACAAGAUGAAUUGGAAGUAAUCGAUGAUGAAAAAGGUAUAAAUCAAGAAGAAGAUGAUCAAGAUAAUGGAGAGGGAGAAGGAGAGGGAGAAGGCGAGGGAGAAGGAGAAGGAGAAGGAGAAGGAGAAGGAGAAAUAGAGGGAGAGGGAGAAGGAGAAAUAGAGAUUGAUGAAAAAUCAACUAGUUCACCUCCACCAACAACUGCAACAACUACAACAACAACUACAACAACAACAACAAACAUAAUAUAUACAAUAUUCAUUUCAAUUUGGAAAAUUUUUUAUUUUCUUCCUAAUAAUUUAAUCAUUAAACCAUUAAGUUUUACAAUAUACAUUAUAAUAUGGCCAUUUAAUUAUACAUUAAGACAAUUAGGUAUUGGACAACAACCAAAAACUGACGAAAUAACUUUACCACCUAAAGUUUCAGAUGAAUUAGUAACUAGAGCACCAUCAACCACCACCACCACCACCAACAACAACAACAACAACAACAAAGAUUCCUCAGAUGAUUAUUUUGAUGAAAAGUCCACAGAUUUAAUUAAACAAGAUAAUAUAAUAUCAAAUAAAAUUAAAUCUCCAACUUCUUUUUCAAAAUAUAUAAUACCACCACCUCAAAGAUUAUAUCCAUUAACUAGAAAUCCACAAAAGAAGCGUAAAAAAAAAAUUUUGGUACUUGAUCUUGAUGAAACUUUAAUUCAUUCAUUACUGAGAGGUUCUCCAAGAAGUUUUCAUCCAACUUCAUCAUAUUCAAAAAUGAUUGAAAUUAAAUUAAAUAAUAUCAGAUCUUUAUAUUAUGUACAUAAACGACCAUAUUGUGAUUAUUUCCUAACUGAAAUUUCAAAAUGGUUUGAAUUACAAAUUUUUACUGCAAGUGUUAAAGAAUAUGCUGAUCCAAUAAUAGAUUGGUUAGAACUGGAUAUACAAGAUAAUAAAGAAAAAUCAAAAAAGGAAUCAAAAAUUUUUACAAAACGUUAUUAUCGUACUGAUUGUACUUAUAGACCUGGUGUUGGAUAUAUUAAAGAUUUAUCAAAAUUUAUAAAAGAUGAUGAAUUAAAAAAUGUAAUGAUUUUAGAUAAUUCUCCAAUUAGUUAUGCUUUACAUGAAGAAAAUGCUGUUAGUAUUGAAGGUUGGAUAAAUGAUCAAAAUGAUAAAGAUUUAAUUAAUUUAUUACCAUUAUUAUAUAGUUUAAGUUUAUGUAUUGAUGUAAGGUAUAUAUUGGGGUUAAAAAAUGGGGAAAAGUUCUUUGAGUAA